CGGGCUCUGCUGUGCGUUUAAUACAACUUAUAAACAAUUAGUUAAUUGUGUUUUGAUAUUGUUCGGUUACAGUAGGAUUCUUGAGAGAAUCGUUUAGACGAGAUUUUCUCGUUUUGUGGGCGGCUUCAACUGAUUCACUGAAAAGAUUCGACUCGGUAAAGUGAUACAUUCACGAUUCGGACAUCGCUAGCCGCUAACUCAAGCUUGUUCAACGUCGUGUAGCGUUAUCAGUUAUGGAUGUCACCGGUCCUGAUAGUGAUUGGAGGAGUCCAGCCUUUCGACAGAAAGUAGUGGCCCAAAUAGAUGAAGCCAUGAGAAAAGCAGGAACUGCUCACACAAAGUCCAGUACUGACAUGGAGAACCACGUUUUUAUCAAGGCAAAGACCAGAGAGGAGUAUUUGUCUUUAGUUGCGAGACUGAUAAUUCAUUUUAGAGACAUUCAUAAAAAGUCACAAGGUAGGCCUGACCCCAUGAAUGCCCUGCAGAGCAUACCAGGAGUGGGUGGAGGUGGUCCUGGAGUUAUCGGCAUCGGACCGCGGCCCCCUGGCGCACAAAUGGGUGGUAUGGGGUCAAUGCAAAUGCAAAUGGGUCAACAUGCCAUGCAGGGAGGCCAGCAGGCUGGUGCUGCCGGACAGAUGCCGAUGAUGCAACAGCAGCAACAGCAGCAGUCCAUUCAAUUUCAGCAGUUUCAGUCGCAGCAACAGGCAGCCAUGCAGCCUCAGCAGCCAGCAGCUAUGCAGCCGAAUGCCAUGCAGUUCCAACAGAUAAGGCAGCACCAUCAGAAUCAACAAAUGCAGCAUCAGAAUCAACAACAGCAGCAGGCCCAGACUCAGCAGCAGCAACAGAACCAGUUGCAUCAAACAAGAAUACAGCAGCAGCAGCAGCAGUUAGCACAAAUGCAGCAACUGCAACAGCAGCAGCAACUGCACCAACAACAGGUUCAUGCUCAAGCUCAAGCUCAGGCCCAGGCUCAAGCUCAAGCUCAGGCCCAGGCCCAGGCUCAAGCUCAGGCCCAGGCUCAGGCUCAAGCUCAAGCUCAAGCUCAGGCUCAGGCUCAAGCUCAGGCACAGGCCCAAGCUCAAGCUCAAGCUCAGGCUCAGGCCCAAGCCCAGGCCCAGGCGCAGGCCCAAGCUCAAGCCCAAAUGCAGCAACAACAGCAGCUCCAAGCCCAGGUCCAGGCUCAGGUCCAAGCCCAGGUCCAAGCUCAAGGUCAAGCCCAGGUACAGGCUCAGGGAGUGGCAGGUCAGAUGCCUCCUCACUCACAGCAGCAACAAGUCAUGGUGCCCCAGUCAUUAGCACAAAUGGCUCCUGGACAACAUCAACCUAUCGGCUCACUCACCCAACAGCAGCAGCAACAUCUGAAGCUACAGCAGGCAAUGCAGCAGGCGAGAGUAUUGCAGCAGCAGCAGCAGCAACAACAACAACAACAACAACAGCAGCAGCAGCAGCAGCAGCAACAACAGCAGCAGCAGCAGGCUCAACAGAGCCAGCAGGCAGGCCAGCUCGCUGCAGUCCCUGGACAGAUGAUGCCCCGUCCUGGGAUGCAAAUUCCACCCCGGUUGCCCAGCGCCACCCCGAACUCUGCCAUUCCUCAAAACCCCGUUGCCAUUGGAGGACAGCAAAUGCCACAGGGUCAACAGAUGAUGUCGUCACCCUCCUCAGUUCAGGUGCAGACGCCCCAGCCGAUGCCACCUCCUCCCCAGCCUCAGCCAUCCCCCCAGCCUCCUUCCUCUCAGCCCAACUCUGUCAGCUCUGGUCCAACCCCUUCUCCUGGAGGUUUCCAACCCAGUCCCUCUCCUCAGCCGUCCCAGAGUCCUGCAUCUUCACGUAGUUACCCCCUCCAGGUACCUUCACCAGGACCUCUCAAUACACCAGGCAAUCCAAACUCUGUGAUGAGCCCAGCGGGGGCCUCACAAUCUGAGGACCAGCUUUACAUGGACAAACUGAAGCAGCUGUCAAAAUAUAUCGAGCCGCUGCGCAGGAUGAUUAACAAAAUAGACAAAAAUGAAGAUAGGAAGAAGGAUUUGAGCAAAAUGAAAAGUUUGCUCAAUAUUUUGACUGACCCUAACACGAGAUGUCCACUUAAGACACUACAGAAGUGUGAAAUAGCGCUGGAGAAACUAAAGAACGAUAUGGCAGUGCCGACUCCUCCCCCUCCUCCAGUGCCCUCUACCAAAAAGCAGUACCUGUGCCAGCCGCUGCUGGAUGCUGUCUUGGCCAACAUCCGCUCCCCGGUUUUCAACCAUUCACUUUACCGCACGUUUGCUCCUGCUAUGACAGCAAUUCAUGGACCCCCAAUCACGGGUCCCUCAAUUCCUUCCCGUAAACGAAAGCUGGAGGAUGACGAGCGCCAGACCAUCCCUAACAUACUUCAAGGGGAGGUGGCUCGUCUUCAUUCCAAAUUCCUGGUCAAUCUGGACCCGUCCUUUUGCAGCAACAAUGGAACGGUUCAUCUCAUAUGUAAACUAGAUGAUAAAAAUCUUCCCAGCGUUCCCCCGCUUCAGCUGAGUAUUCCGGCGGACUACCCCGAUCAGAGCCCCCACUGGGAAAAUGACGGUCAGCAGUAUGAGGCCAACCCCUUCUUGCAGAGUGUGCAUAAGAACAUGACCUCUAAACUCCUCCAGCUUCCCGACAAGCACUCGGUGACGGCACUGCUGAACACCUGGGCUCAAAGCGUGAAGCAGGCUUGCCUUUCGGCUGCUUAGAACGUAUGCCCAUCAGCACUAUCAGCCCAGUAUAAUCCUCGCACCUCUAUGGAAUGAUGGCAAUAUAUUAAUACUUUCUUUGUCUUUUUUUAUUUACAUCAGUUAUCAUCUGUUUUGUUUAGUGUAGUACACUAAGGCCUUAACUGUUUGUGCAUUGCUUCAAUAAUAAAGACAUUUAAACGGC